GGCUGAGCGUAUCACAAUGUUGUCUUUACUUCUCUGGACUCCUGAUGCACCUAAACAGGCUGCUGUUGUAUGAGGGGCGACGGGAGAGCUUAACGUUGGGCAGGUUUUAGCAGCCGCUGGGCAACAACACGACUUUCAGCGACUUACCUCGGUUAGCUGAUCUAGUGUAUUUACAAGCCAGGCGGCUUAUUUAGCUGAAUGCCAGUAAGCAGAUGGCUUAUGGCUGUGAAUUGUAGGGAUAAGCUGAAAACAAGCUAGGAGCAAAACCACUGAAGAGGUGGCUUUGGGGAGAAUAAGCUAAACAUAAUGUCAGUUAAUUUAAGGUUUUAAGGCGGUCCUGGCCAGGUUGACACACUAACUAACUAGCACAGCAUGAAAUAUUAACGGUAACGUAGAAGAAUUCAGCUGGAGCUCGCUAGCUAACUAGCUAACAGCUGCAUCAUUGGGGAAAUAACAUUCGCUAACCUUCCGUGGGACAGGGGGCUUUUACUGAAGGGGUCUCAUUAUUUAGCAGUUAGGGAGCUGGAUAACGUAAAGCAGGCUGAUAUCAGUGUGUCGGGCAAAACAUUAACGUAGCCAACAACCCGAAACAUGUUAGCGCUGGUACUAACAGCGGAAGCCACUAGGUAGCCGACAGCAUAGCUAGCCUUGUUAACCUAGCUAGUGCAAACUCACACAGACGCUUUGUAACUGAAGGAGGUUAAUCUGUAGUGCAGUGUUUUAUGUGGUCAACUGCCUUGUUAAAUGGUCAAGUAAGCACCGUAGCUAGUUAAUGAAAUCCAAUAUAGGUAAUGUAACCCACGGCUAGCUACGCCAGCUGACCGACUUCAGCUAUCGUUUGCUGGUUGUCUCGCUAGCAAAGUUCGCGGCCCCUCGUUGGAUCUCACCGGCGCAUUUGGACCCGAUUUGUUACAGUAUUGGAAGUGGAACGAAUCCAGACCACCAGCUUCAAGUCAGCGUACUAAAGAGUACAGCCUGACUGCUGUCUUUCAGCAGGAGGCAGCUGUAGGGGCGUGUCCCAGCACCCUCUGGGCCGGGAUCGAUUGGCUGGCUGGUGGGCGUGGCCGGUGGCGGGCUGGCUCCUCCCCCUCCCGGCGGCAGCGUGCGCUCCCAGCCGCCCCCCGCCUGCACCCCGCGCUCGCCCGGCCUGCGCGCCCGAGCCCAUGCACCCGGCGCCACGCGUUCCCCCAACGCCAUGUGCGUCCCGCACACCAUGGAGGCGGGCAAGCACAGCACAGGCCAAGGCCAGGGCCAGGGCCAGGGCAGCCGUGGCGGCGUGCCGCUGGAGCCGUUCGUCCACCAGGUGGGCGGCCACACCAGCAUGAUGCGCUAUGAUGACCACACCGUCUGCAAGCCGCUCAUCAGCCGAGAGCAGCGCUUCUAUGAGUCGCUGCCCCCUGAGAUGAAGGAGUUCACCCCAGAAUACAAAGGUGUGGUCCUUGUGUGCUUUGAGGGAGACAUGGACGGCUACAUUAACCUGGUGGCCUACCCGUAUGUGGAGAGCGAGGGCCUGGACCACGAAGAACUGCCUGAGAGGGACCAACCGCGGCGGAAACACUCACGCCGCAGCCUACACCGCUCCAGCAGCGACCACAAGGAGGACCGGCCCGCCCACGAGAGCGACAGCAGCGAGAAUCUGCAGGAGCUGAAGAGCCCACGUCUAGACCUCCAGAUCCACUCAGACGUGCCCUUCCAAAUGCUGGACGGCAACAGCGGCCUGAGCUCGGAAAAGAUCAGCCACAACCCCUGGAGCUUGCGCUGUCACAAGCAGCAGCUCAGCCGUAUGCGUUCAGAGUCUAAAGAAAGGAAGUUCUACAAAUUUCUCCUGCUUGAGAAUGUGGUGCACCACUUCAGCUACCCCUGCAUCCUGGACCUGAAGAUGGGCACGCGGCAGCACGGCGACGACGCGUCCGAGGAGAAGGCCGCUCGCCAGAUGAAGAAGUGUGAGCAGAGCACCUCCGCCACUCUGGGUGUGCGAGUAUGUGGGAUGCAGGUGUACCAGAUGGACACAGGCCAUUACCUUUGCCGCAACAAGUACUACGGCCGCGGCUUGUCCAUCGAGGGCUUCCGCCACGCGCUCUACCAGUUCAUGCACAACGGCGCCCAGCUGCGCAAGGACCUCUUUGAGCCUAUGCUGGGCAAGCUACGCAGCCUCAAGGCCGUCCUGGAGCGCCAGGCCUCGUACCGCUUCUACUCCAGCUCGCUGCUCAUCAUCUAUGAGGGCAAGGAGCCUGAGCCAGCUGAGCCUCCUUCGGAGAAGGAGCCUCUGGCUGGUCAGACUGCCCCGGACCCGUCCCUGCUCAUCCAGGAGCACACCCCUCCUCUUCCGCCACCUCCUGCUCCUCCUCCUCCUCCGCCUUCGGACCCUCAUAGUCGCCCUCCACCCAGUGUGGACGUGCGAAUGAUAGACUUCGCCCACAGCACCUUCAAAGGCUUCCGCGAUGACCAAACGGUGCAUGACGGACCCGACCGAGGCUACGUUUUCGGACUGGAGAGCCUCAUCAACAUCUUGGAAGCGAUACAGGAGGACAACCAGUAGCUGAAGCCUUCCCCUCACCCAGUCAUCUCCACCCACUCAGCCAUACACCCCCACCUCCUUCCUCCCUCUCAUUCUCAAUAUUACUGUAUUCUUGAUAUGAACACAGAAAACAGUAGUGACAUUUUUCUGUGAGAGAAUGGCACAUUGGUACACGCAGGAGCCAGAGAGAGGAGCAGCCUUCCUUUCUUUUGGCUACUGGCAGUCAAACCUUGAGGGUUCUUUUUUUCAAGCUUCAGGGGGAGAAAUGGAGGUGACCUGUACAAGGGUCUUUACUCGGCCCCCACCUUCAGGACAGAAAUGGCAGGAAACGGCCCCCUCGAAACAAGAGAGGGGUGUGCUUUUUUGUGUGUCCUGUGGAUUCGUCGCCACCAUGUGGCCAACCGAAGAAUUGCAGUCAAGAUAGGAUUUUUAAGCAGGCAGCCACAGCUCAGGGCAAGUCCAGGGUCAGGUCCUCUUUACUGUUUGGGGGUCGGUGCAGGGAAAGCGUCUGUCUGUCUGUCUGUUUUGUAUAUGCGUGAGUAAAUGUAUGUGUGGAGGAUAGAGAUGUGGUGGCUGGGGAGUACAUGUCAACUCCCCACAUCAGUAUUCCUACAGGGGCUCAAAAAAGGGAGCAGAUUUUGCUCAUUUAUUGUUUGCGAAAGCUUUACUGUAAAAUUAAGGGUUGGAGGCUCACCAGGCCCUGCCUGUUCUCCUUGACAAAAAAGACGGUGAAGCCCGCCUUUGGCGUCAGUUACCAUCCACAGCCUUGCUGUGUGAUAAUCCAGUUUGAGGUCACAUGCUUUUUAAUUUUAAUUAUUUUUUUUUUCUUUUCUUUUUUAAUGUUGCUAUUUCUGCUGCCAUCUAAUCCACUUCAGUUAGAGUCAGCGUUGCAUUUUAGCGUUUUUCUCUUUGAUUUUGUUUCCUUGUUUUUGUAUUAAAGUCUUUUUCUGGUUUAUGGUAAGGCAAGACAGUCCUAGGCGUGUCUUUUGGGGCAGCACACGUAUAUCCGUAGACCUUGUCACCUAUGUUGUUUAAAAGCCCCUUUCUGUCAAAUAUGGUUAUGCUGAAAGUAAACCAUCCUAUCUUUUGCACUGUAGAUUGUGUUCUCAACACAUCAUCCUAAAGCAUGGUUCUUUGAGUUUCUUUACCUGCAUUUUUUCCCCCCAGGGCUUCAUUUUUAUUUUUAACUUUUCAUAAAUUAUUCACACCGACUCACAGUGAACCUUUGUCCACCAUCAGCACAUGUAGCAAUGCGAUUCAGAGGAGAAAAAAAAACACAUACGAAGAAACAUUAACGUCACCUUUCCUCAGCCAUUUAGCUCGUCGUGUCCCCUUGCCGUCACUGUGGGUGGAGAAUUGUCUCCUCGUAGUUAAACGUGGUUAGGGUGUUCUCUGUGUAGGUGGAACAAUUGCACUGUAGCCAUUGCCCUUUUUUAAGACAAGUGGAUUUAUUUUCCCCCCCUUUUCCCUCUCUGGCACAUCACAGGCCCCAUUGGGUCAUAUUUUUUGUAAUAAAAAUGCAGUUACAUGCAUAUUGUAUUGAUAUUACCAGUGGAGUAUUGUUAUUAGAUUAUGACACCCCCACUACCAUGAAGGUACUGCUUCUAUUAUUAUAGAUAUUGUUCUUGUUUUUUCUCUUAUGUCAGGGACGGCCAUUAUGUGUCUAGAUUAGAUGGGGUCUUUCCAAAAAAGGAGCUUCAUAGAAGUCGUGUCAUCAUUCUGCACUGCUAAAGCAAACAAGUGUUGUAAACCCUCUGCUUUUUGCUGUACUGACGUUUUUACUCCCAGUAUCACCGGAUCCUGUGAUUUAUGAGGUCAGUAAGGAGUCAAAAUAUGAAUAUUGCUAUGCGCAAGUUAACAGUAAUAAGACAAUCACACCAAAAUACCCAAAACACAAGCUUUGCCAAAUGUGGUAGUUCGGUUGAUUUUGGUAGUGGCGGUCUAUGGAUGUGCGUGUCCAAGGAAUUUUGAAAUUUAAGCCUCUGCAUGGGUCAGUGUAAUCAGCGAGGGAUUGGUUAACCACGUAGAAGAGGGAAAAGGGACUUCUGGUUAAAUUAAUGCCAUGCUGUAUGCAUAGUGUUGCCCAUAAUUCACAGUCAAAAACAUUUACAAGGGUGAGCCACGCAGGGCUUACCCUGCCUUCUCAAUCACGUCCUUAACAACGUAUCCCUAGCAGCUCGCUCACGCUGAGGCACUCAUGUUUCACAGUAACACAGCAAAGUGUAAUAUAAUACACUUACUUGCUCUCAAAUUGGUCGUCUUACUGAAUUUAUAGUUUUUCUCUUGUCUUGCAUAACACACAUGUAGCCAUAUAGUGAGAUCAGUAUUUGAGUAUUGGCUCUUGACUGGUUAACCGUGUACUUGUGGAAGUGUGUACAUCUCAAGUGAGUAGCUGACGUUGUUAUAUAGGCCUAAUUGUGUUGAAGUUUAAUACUAAACAUACUUUUCAUGCAAUGUCAUUUCAGCGCAGCAGUACUUCACUAAGUGACCUCGUAAUUCUGAGAAUCCGGUGACGAUUGGGGAAAAAUGUACACAGGACAAAAACAGUGGCUUUGUGGCACCUUGUUUAGUGUAGAGUGGGAUACCUGCGAUAUUUUUGUUUUUUUUUUGAGUGUUGUUUUUAUAGAGAAAAGCGGUUUAUUACCGAUGACGUCAGAGAUGUUCUGGUGAAUGAACAUUGUAGAUGUGAGCUCUCUGCAGUGUGUCUCUCGGCUCCACCAAAGACAAACAGAGCCUUUAGGAGUUUGUUUGCACCCCCCCACCCCCACCCCGGGGAUAAGAUCUCUGAGGAAAGAGAACUAAUUCAAAUUUAAGAGAAAGAAAAUGAAUUCCAAGCAUAAAUGCCAUUGGUGUGACAUGCUCACAUCCUCACAUAAUAAAGUAAAUGACCAUGUAAAGUACGUUUUACAGCGUAUAUUCUUACUAUUAUUAAUUUAUUGAAAAAGCGAGACUGCAUUGACGAAACGAUCGAAGUAGGAUCUAAUCUAAAUGUAGGAUGUCUUUAAAAAAAUCCCUCCUCUUUGCGCCGUGUGUUUCAUCUUCUCCCCACUUUAAAAUGUUUGAAGGAAUAGUUCAGUCAGGCUAAUGGGUGGCUGCUAGCUUCUGUUUACUCUUGGCCACGUUAGCAUGUUUGUGCAGUUUCUUUAAGGUUAAUGUCCGGCAGUGUAUAAGUGCUAAUCAGGAUGCAAAACUGAUUCUAGAUCAGCACUGGUAGCUCUGGGACUUGAUUACUGUACUGUUUAAUGAUGAUACUGGUCUGAUUUAGCAUAAAAAAUCUGUUCUGUGCCAGAGCAGGAGAAAGCAAACUAGCAAAAAGGGAAUUUUGCCGUCUGUUGUGUUUGUCACAGGGAUCGCGAUGAAGUCCACACUGCCUCCUCUGUGGCUCAUGUUCUUGGUCUUUCCAUAGAUGUGAGGUAGAACCUGUAGAGAAAAAUCUAUUACCCAAAAAAUUAUUCUUUUUUUUUUUUUCCCCCCCUUUUGUUGUUGUUGCAUGGAUGGAUAUUUUUUUAAGACAAAUAUAAGACAUAUUUGAAUGUGAGUUAUAAAACAUUUAUUUAA